CAUCCCUAGCUCCUACGCGAAAGGUCUUCGUCUUGUUGCUUUGUGUGGUUCUCGACUCUCUGUUCUGCGUCUGCGUCCCGUUUUCGUGGCCUAAAAGAAAGAAAGGCAAACGAACGAUUCUGGCCCCGUGUUUUCGUGCCCAAUCGUAAAUUCGAAAUAAAACAAAAAUGUCUCGCAGCUCGUACCUGCUGUGUGUGCUCUUUUUAGGCGCCAGUUGCUUGAUCUUCAGUGCGAGCGGAGCAAAGAGUUACAAGCGAUACAAGACCACGGAGCCGCCCACCACGACCCCGGGCCCCCAGACGCCCAAGGAGUACCUGGACAGCCGACCCGGAAUCUCCACCUUCGGCAUCAUCGCCAUCAUCUUCACCGUCAUCGUGCUCUGCCUGGUCUUCUACUAUGGCAUCAUCUGCUACCCCCUGCUCUUCCGCGACGAGAAGAAGUAUCGGUUUAUGGACGUUUCCUCCACCAUCACCGCCGCCACAUCGCGCUCCAUCCAGUCGAUAGAGAACUAUCCCGACCAGAAGCACCAUACGAUGGCCUGAUUCGAGGUAUAGACAUGCGAGGGGUCGUGGUUUAGUUGUACUUAUAUUUAGUAACUCGAAAAAAGACUUCAAUGCCUGCCAGAAACGAGAGCCGACCAGAAUGUUUGCAGAUUUUAGGUUCCAAGUGUCCUGACUGACAAGAAAUAUCUCGAAUUGAAAGACAAUGUCUCAUCUUAGAUGCAGUACUCAUCAAUAUUGGACCACAUUUCAUUUCAAAAAGUGGUUAACACGCAAAAAGCUGGGUUACCCACCAUUUCGUAAUAUAACACCUCCCCAAUACUUCUUGUCGGUUGCACUUAGCUCAAUAGUAUAUAGCAAUAACCAGUUGAGGAGUUCGCUGGAAAGGGAAUUAAUCAUUCAUAAUUGUAAAUUGGGUUUCCUACGCAUCCCCGACAGUUUCUUUAUCUGUUGUUUCUCUUAAUCCCAGGCUCAACAAGUUUGGCCUGUCCUCCGACCCUUUUUACCUUGUCCCUCCUGCGUUUUUGGCCUUUUAUUUCUUUUUAUGCAGGUAGUCUUGGCCGUUUACACGCCGCUUUGUUCCUCGCCCUCUUCUCCCUUCUCUUGGGCAAAGCCAAAGUGUGGCAAUUGAGUCACGUUGCCUGCUUUUUUCUGACGAAAUCUCGAGGAAUUUGGCAAUCUUUUUAUAUACCUUCUCGUCAAAGCCCGAUUUGCAUGCAGAAUCGAACUCUUUGUGAUGCCUCGAAUUUUCCCACACCAUACCAUUGCAAUUGCAAGUCCCCGUCCCUUCAAACACAGGUUGUACUUAAAGCGAAACCAAGUACUUAAUAAAUGUACCAUGCCAAUCAUAGUAUAAGCGCCAAUCUGCCACCACGAAUACAUUUAAGCAGUCCUCAAUUUGUGCAUUUAGACCAUACUUCCUUCUAUACAUUGUGUCAAAAUACGUUUUUAGACGUUACCUAGAACUAAGCCUAUCAAAUUUUACAUAUACAAAUCAUUUUUGGACAUUUUUAUGCGAAUUUUUACACAAAAUAAACGAUUCUACCGUUGACAAUGGUAGAAAUGUGAAAAUAAA